AUGAAAGAAUCCCACGGACAGAACGGUGAGUAAUUCCGGGAAAAGGCGGACUGUGGCGUUGUAGUGUAAAGUUGCUGAAUUUUGUUCGUGUAAGUUAUCUAGCUGUGAAUGUGAAGAACAUCGACGAAUAUCUGUUUUUUGGCUACACGUCGGAAGGGCAGAAGUUCAAGUACACACCAAGAUAUUCUAAAAAUACACGCACAAAACAAAAGCAACCAUGACAUCAGACAGCAGAGCCAGCAAAGCCCUACAGGUAAAGAGAGAGUGUGGAGAGAACGUUCCCGUGUUGUCGGACAGUGAGCUCAUGUCUCUGUCGGUGCGGGAGCUGAACUUGCACCUGCGUGGUUUGUCCAGAGAAGAGAUCCAGAAGCUCAAGCAGAGACGGCGUACGUUGAAGAAUCGCGGCUAUGCAGCCAGCUGCAGGGUGAAGCGCGUGUCCCAGCGCGAGGCCUUGGAGCAGCAGAAGAAGGAGCUGCAGCGCGAGGUGGAACGGCUCGGAGCAGAGAAUGCAGGCAUGCGCAGGGAGCUGGAGGGGCUCGGGGCUCGACUCGCAGCACUGCAGCGCUUCGCCCGCAGCCUUGAGUCGGCAGGAGGCAGCAUUCUAGCGACAGCGCCUCGCCUCAACACUGCCUCCGUCAUCACCAUAGUGAAGAGCCCACAGCAAAACCACGGCCCCAGAGAGCAAGAAGCGUCCUAGGGAUGAGUCAUACACAAAAACACACAAACACGUAGAAGUACAAGGUACACAACAACUGGACCAUCUAAGCUGAACUGAAUGACGGCCAAACAUUUAGGAAUGUUACACAACAAAUAGUUGUGUAAGUGAAGUCAUUGAUAUCAGUGAUGCAGAAUUAUUAUUGUUACCCUAAAGAUGCAUUUUAUUCACAUUCUGUUUAUUGGUUAAUUGGACCAUUUAGAUAAUGAGAAUGCAGGGCAUGUCUGCAUUGUUUAAGUGUUUUUCGGUGACAACAGAUUAUUUUGUGUUUGAAUUUGAGUUAUUUGACUGUAUUCAGCUGUUCUAUUACAUUUGCUUUAAACAGUAUAACUAACAUAUAUAAAUAGGGUAAUGUUGGUAAGUUUACAUGUAACUUAGCUCGAAAUGAUUUGAAUUAUACCAUUUAAUAUUUAUAUGCCCAAUAUUUCGUGUCACAUGGAAAAAAAACUAGUCGUAACUGUAGAGAAUGUCUUUACUGGAUUUAUAAUUAAGCUUGGCUUAAUAACUCUGACUACCAACUCCUUCUAAGUUGGCAAAUAUUGCUGGAAUAUAUUCAUAUUCAUUCUAAUUAAGAAAAUCAUAAUCAGUUAUGAUUAUCAGAAUGCCACGCCACGUCAAUGCAAGCUUCUUAAUACAUUCUCACGUAUAUAUAUAUAUAUAUAUAUAUAUAUAUAUAUAUAUAUAUAUAUAUAUGUUCAUUAGUUAAUUUGCAACACAGAGAUUUCUUUUUUUUAUCUGCAUUUGCAAUGAAGACCUAAAAAGCUAGAGUGCUGUGAUUUUACAUACAAAUACUGUUUAUGUAUAACUAGUUUGGGAAAACAUUCAUGUCCAAUUAUUGUAAUGGUGUGAUUUGUAUUUGUAUUCAGUUAUAUGCCAGGGUGUUUCCACUCCUGCUCUUCACUGAAUAUUUUCGUGUCUCCCUGAAUGAGUGUUCUCCCAACACUCACUUAGCCGAUUGUCUGAGAUGAGUAAGAGGGAGAUGCUAAAAUGAUCAUGACAGAGCUGGACAUGUAACUGGAAUUAUGUUCCAGUAUGUGUGAUGACUGUAGUUGUGCUAAUACAUUAUAGUGGUUUUCUACAUAAUUAGUAGGUUAUUUAUAAUGACAAAAUACUUUAGAAGUCUAGCAAGUAUCACAUGAGGGUCUAACGUAUGAAAGAGUAGGGAAGAGCAAAUGUGGAAUAAAAAGUGACAUAAGGAAAAGAAACCAGUAUAAGAGGCUGAGAGAGGAACAGAAGGUGAUUCUGAAAGUGCUAGAGAAAGAGAGACACAAGUUGUGGCUACAGCGAUCAUAUUAACUCAUGGUUGACAAGAAGAUUGCCAACUAUUAGCUUUACUAACUCCAGCAUUGAGGAGUAUACAGUAUGUGUAAUAAUAUUUAUAGGUUAAAGCAUUUGUAUUGCAAUGAAAUCUGUUAAAGCUAUUUGAAUUGUAAUACUGAACACUUGAUUUCAGUAACAACUUGUUCUUAUGUUUUGGUUCCGAACAUGCUGGAUGUUUUGUGAAGUAGUAAAAUACAAGUCUUUUAUUGGUAUUUAUUACAUAUAUUUUUCUAUGGUAAAAUAUUGUCUAUUUUAUGCCCUUAAUUGAAAUAAAUGUAUAUAUUGUACAUAA